AUGUGGCAGCAGCUAUCACUCACCCCCCCAUCCCCAUUUCUUUCUAUCCCCUCCCUCUCUGCCUCUCUCUCUCUCUCUCUCUCUAUUUCUCUCUCUCUCUCUCACUCUCUUCACCUCUACCUCUGCAGUACCUCUCUUGCUCAUUCUUCCCUGUGCCGGCUGGGGAGACACGCGCUUUCUGCUUUUUCUGCCCUGGCUGCUGGCUCUGCUCCAGCAUCGCUCCGUGCCUCUCGUGUGCCCUGCUCUCUCCCCCCCUCCUCUCCUCCUCCAGCCUAUGUCUCCCUCUAUGGGGUUUGUUGGACAGCCUGCAUCCCUGGCCGCUGCUGCUGGAGAGGUGGAACUGUCCGUCGCUUUGCUGCUACAUCGCAACUGCUCUGCCUCCUCACUGCCUUCUGCCUCACGCUCUCUUUUGCUGGAUAAUCAUCACUGAGACUGCAAGAGACGGUGACAGAGGACAGGAGAAGGAGGGGAGAGAAACGGAGAGAGCCUGCACUCUUCAUUUAACUGCUGCAUUCUUCAGUUUGUCUCUUCUUCUGCUUCCCAGGGCUGCUGGAGUGCAGUACAGGGAACAACUGGUCGGGAGAGAGUACCCCGAAGGGAUUUAUACUCCUUUUUUUGCGCUUCCUCCCUCUGUUCAUUUCUGGGACAGAGUGCAGAGGAGGAGAGAAGAGGGAGGGACUGAGAGCAGGACUUCAGACUCAGCUACACAGCUCAGUGUCCUGCCUUGGUCCAGAGACACAUUAGACAGACUCACACACACACAUACACACACAUAUUUGCAUAGAUAGGACUCGAGCUGGCCAGUCUGGCAAAAGGGGAAAGAUUGACAAAGAUUUUCUUCAUAGACACAGACAGACAACAACACAGACAGACAGACUUGGUGUCAUGGCGUCAGUGGACAGCACCGGUUCGAGUGUCUCUGGUCGGCUGAGAUCAGGGGAUCUUCUCCCUGCUGGUCUGGUAGUUGCUUUGCUGCUUGGUAAGUUAUACUUCCCCCUGUAUCUUUAGCUGCCUUGUGAUUCCUCACUUCCCUGCUGUAUCUCAUACAUCGCACUGCAAACUAACUUGUUUCUACAGGCUUCUGCACCUUCUUCUUUGGCUUCUUUUGCAUCCUUUGAGUAUUUUUGAAACAAUUCUGGGUGGGUGUGUUGCUCAAAAACAUGUAGACCCUCUUUUUUAUUAAGGUUAAUAACUCUUAACACUAUUCUCUUGACUACCUGGGGGCUAAAAUGUGCUCAAAUUGGCAAAAUGUGAUGUCACAUGUUUACUUGUUCUACUUUAAAGAGACAUCAAGGUCAACAACCUUCAAAACUUCACUAAUCUGGACUUAUUCAUGUUAAAUUGUUGUUUGCAAAUCAGGUUGUGUGACUUGUUUCCAUUUUGGGGGGUUCCUCUUGUCAAAAUAAAUAAAUCCGAAAGAUGAAAAAAACAUUUUUGUUCAGAAAAAAUAUUAAAAAAAGUUAUUCAAAAGAUGUUUCUGACUGUUCCAGUUGAAAUGUAUGUGGGUGUGUGGGUGUUUAUAGUAUCACCGGUGCUGACAAGUGCUGCAGUGUUGAUCUGUUCUUUUACUCACUCCCUGGUUUUGUUGUUGCACCCAAUAGUGCCCCCACACCCCAACGUUUUCCCCAGAUAUCAGUUACUCAAACUCAGCACUGUUGAGCUCUGAGGCAGAACAAGAACAAAAGGGUUGUGUGAAGUAAUACAUUUCAGUGCAACUGUAAAAUAAACAUUAUAAAAGUAAUAAAAUUAUCAUUUAAAUGGGUUUUACUCCAAUUCAACAUUGACAAACACUGCACAGAAGAAAUUCUAAGAGAAAAAUAGCCCAGAAUGAAAUAAAGAUAGUUUCUGAUUUUAAAAUAGCAAUUUUUGUUCAGUUUUUCUUUGGAUUUAUUCAAGAAAAUGUUGAACAACUUUGCUUUUUAAGUAAUAGAAAUUAAGUGUUGGUAAAAAAAAUAAAUAAUAAAAAUAAAAAAGAUGCAACCUUGAGUUUGAGUAAUUAAUCUUUGAUUAAUGUCACACUUUAAGUUCAAAUGACUGAUUUUAUACAGAUCCUGAUAAAAAUUACCUUUUUACACACUUGUUUUUGUUCAUUUGACUGUCAAAAGAAUGAAUAUUAAAAGGUUAAUAAGGAUUAGACACAGUUCGAUAGAAGAUAAAUUACAAAAUAACUCGAUUUGAUUGACAAGAAGGCUCAUGGUACAGCUGAUUCAUUGGAAUCACACAGUCAAAAUGUUGUUUUUGUUUGCGGAUGUGCUGGUUUAGUCGAUUAGGCAAUUAAGCAUUGUCACCCUUACUAAUCAGCACCAGAAUUACUGUUUAAUAAAAUGACUUAUUUGUCACCCACUAGUAGCUCUGACUGUAGCUCCAGUUAAUGGCGACUGCUAUAAUGCUGCAAUGCUCUACUUCCUGGAUAUGAGCAAGCAGAGACGACCAAUGGCAUCUCUGAUUCUGUCGUAUUUUGAUUCAGGUUGUGUCCGGUUAAGUCAGCCAGAGUAAUGCACAACAAGCACAGAAGUAGAUGUUCACAUGCAGGAAUGAUUGAAGGCUUUUGGUGCCGUCUCUGUCUAUAUGAGCCACACUCAGCACACCAAUCUGAUAUUAUUUACCUGCUUAGUCUUGUACUCUGUGUGGGAAAUUUCUUGAAUUAGUCCGUCACAUCUGCAAGCAAAUGGCUGCACAAUUUCCAACUGCCAAAAACACAUUUACUGUCAAUGUUUUGACACCAUCAGAUUUUGAAGCAUUUUAAACGGUGGCUCUGGAGCUUUUUCUUCUAGAAUGAUGUUCAGAAGAUUUACAUGUUCCACUCAGUUGUUUUACUUUUUCAACAUAAAACUUUUUACACAGAAAAAUGACAUUUGCCUCAUACUUCAACCUAAGCAAGUUUAGUGGAUGUGAUUAGUGGAGACAGAAAAGGCAAAUCAAUGUAUUUUUCCAUAUGCUUGUGCACACAUACUUUAUGCCUUUGUGUUUAUGUCUGUGCCCCAAGUGGGCCAACAAAGUCAAAAAGUUCACCCCUGGCUGUCGGCCACUUGUGAGCUUGAAUUUAAGAACUUUUUCAGCCCAAGCAGCCUGCAAAAGGGCAUUUCAUUUCACAGCACAGUUUUCUUAAAAUGUUUGACUUCAACAUGAGGAAGGCUGUCACUAUGACACAACUGUGGGAUUGAUUAAUGAGAUUUAAUACAUCAAAGAGUAGGGGUGUCCCGAUACAACUUUUUUCAUUCUGAUACAAUACCAAUAUUGUAACCUUUAGUAUUGACUGAUACCGGUAUUUAUCCGAUAUCCUUGCUACUCCAUUAGUACCUUUGUACACACUGUUGUUGUGAUUAACUGGGCUCUGCAUGCUGGAUUUAGGCACUGCAAGAUAUAGGUGCUGGAGCAGAGUCUGAAAUGGACUGCUUGUAUCGGGGUGGUGAUACUGGAGAUUUCAGAUGUAGGCCGAUAUAAUCAAUAUUCGCUUUUUUUUUUUCCGAUAUCGGACCGAUAUUCGAUAUCAGUAUCGGAUUGGGACACCAGGGUCGAGUAAAACAUGAGUUAUAUCUGUAUUGUUAGUUUUUCAAACACAUUGGCUAACGUUUGCUAAAUCAGCAAAACCAAAAAGAGGAAAAACCAAAUUAAUAAUUUUUCUUACAACAUUUCCCUCAGUAAUCGACUACAAAUGUAAAGAUAUCUAAGGACUCAUUAACUUGUCUUUACUACACAUGUUAAUUUAUUUCAAUUAGUUAAGUGUGCAUACUGGGCCAUUUCAACCUUUGAAAGUCCUGAGCAUAUGGGCCCACCGAUCUGGUCCUGUCAGUCAGCAUAACCUUACUGAAGUAACGCUCAAUCCUGGAUAGAAAACCUUAAUACUCUCAGAAAGACCUCUGGUAUCUUCCAGGAAUUGAAAACGAGCUCAACAACUUGCUAGCUAGCAAGAGACGUCUCUAAAGGAUUGUUUUGCCUCAAGCUAACCCUACAUCUACAAAUUCAUUCAGUGGAGCUGUGUGACAUAUGCAAAAGGGGGUGUUAUUCCACCUUGUGCCCCUUCCUCCUCCAGUCCAAGUGCAAAUUAACUUCUUUGUUUGAUCAUCUCCCUGUGCUGGAAUUUAAUAUCUUAGGUCUUUUCAGCAGAGUAGUUGUUAUUUGCUGCUUUUAUUUUAUCCUGGCUUCACACGGUUUGUCAUGAACAUUUUAAUCAAGUCCAGAUUGCGUGCCCUCGUACCCCGCAAGCGCUACCUUAGGUUAAGUUCUUUGAGUUUUACACCUUAACACAAACUCUCUACCAUUAGUUUAUUAGACUAUGUUUAUUUUGAUUUGUAAAUGAGAUGUUUAAACCAGCCUUCUGCAACUUAAUGACAUUUAAUUCAGUUUGGGUUGCUUUAUUUCAGCUGAAGUAUUAUUAUGUUUUUAUUUGUUUUCACUUAAACCAAUGGUGAACUUAAUUUAAAACCCCUGUAAGGAACUUUAAGUUUGUGCAUCCCCAUGGAAAGUAGGGUCCCCUGUCAACAAAUCUCGUCCUGCUAACUUUUAACAUUCAAAUCUUUUAUUAGUUGUGAAUAUUUUAUGUGGAGCCGUUUCAAUUUUGUUACUGCUGUUCUUGUUUGCUUUUUUAUAUCAUAAAAGAAGCAUCAAUAUGAAUGUCAGUUAAAGUCUAAACUCCUCACAGGAGCUUUAAUGAAUUCAUUACAAGUAAGUUCAGUCCGUUUUUCUUAGUUAUCCCUGCUGUCUUUGUUUCCUCUCCAAUCUAUUGUGCACUGUCUUUUAGUGAGCUUACGUAGUGAGGUUACGUCUCUAAACACACAUAUCGUACUGUAAAUCUGUUGAAAUUUAAAGCCCUCGGACAGCCGUUUCCCCCUGUUAAAUUCUUCUCUCUGUUCUCUGUUAUUUCUGCCAAAAACAUCCAAGCAGUCUCCCUCUGCAGAUUUCUCGGCUCCAGGAUUCCAGGAAAUGAAGCCAGAGGACAAACAAACAGAACAAAGCCAUAAUCAAAAAGCAUCUCCAGUAUAAGAGUACAAUAAGAGACUGUCAAAAUACCAAACUUAACUCAAAGGUUACCUAACCUUCCUCGUCUGUUCUACUCAAAGGUUGAGCUAAAACAGACAGUCAUGCGAAACAAUGCAGAGUAUCAGUAAGUGCUCACUUUGUCAUGUAAGCGUGAUAAUCAUACCACAUGUUGUUACUUGUUUGCAUGGCUAUUAUCUUACAUGUGUUUGUAUCUGUACAUGCUAACAUGAGCCAGCCUUGGCCUCUGAUGAUUGAGUUACUUAGCUGCUGCUGUAACUCUCUUCUCUGCUGUCACUCACUCACCUUGGAGAGGACAGCUCACUCCAUGUCCCCUCUCCAUAUCUAUCCCUUGUGACCCUUUCCAUCAGUUCCUAUACACUCUACCUCUUUCAUUACCCCUGCUCCCCCAUUUAAUCUCCCUUUUGCCUCAUCGUUCCCAUCACCUCUCUCUCUCUCUCUCUCUCUCUCCCUCUCUGUCUGUCUGUCUCUCUAUCUCUCAUGGAGGUAAUGGUGUCCUCGGUCAGUUCUCUAUGGGUUCACUCAGAAACACAUUAACCCUCCAAUCUCUGGCCUACUUAAAAUAAGAAAAAAAAAAAACAUCAUGUCACCUUGACUGUCAGCCAAGGACACACACACAAGUGCACACUCAAGUGCCAAGCACAUACGCACAUGCAGUUAGUUGCUUUUGCUACCAUCAGUGAUGCAGAUAUUGAUGUUUCCCAACUGGAACAAAAAGAUAUUUGAUAGUGGAGCUAAAAAUAUCAUACAUACAAGCCUAUUACUCAUGUACACACACACACGAACCACACGUACACAACAUAGCAUAGUACAUUACUAAAGUAUGUGAGUCAAACUAUAAAGAUAGAAGAACAGAGGGCAGGGAGGGUGGAGAUAAAAAAGGAUAGCAGAGAGAAGAGGUGUGAAAUGAGGGAGGAGAGAGAUCUAUUUGUAGACAUGGGGGACACUCCUCUCAGAAAUGUUAAACAUUACUAUGUCUGGAUAAAGAUGCACAGCAUGAGUCUUUCAGGGGACAGAUUGUCUCUAUCUGAUUUUGUUCCCCUUUGCACUAUUAUUCCCUCUAGAUCACUUCCUGGGCUGCUGAGUGGCGUGGGGCGGUAAUUAUUGAUGGUCUACUUGACAUGGUUUAAAGGUUUAUAUAGAGUGUCAGCCAGCCACUGCGUAACAUUCAAAACCUCGAAAUGAUCACUGGGCAUGUUUUUUUUUUUUUGUGGUUCUAGAAAUAGAAACAAGCUUCCGAAAUUGUUCCUUUUCUUCUCUGUAGUUAUUGCAUCUCUAAGGAAAAAUGGAAGACAGGAAGACAGAGGAGUUUAUUAAAAGUGAGAGAUUAAAGUGCCAACUUCUGUGAGCAGGAAUAAUAAGAGCAUAUAACAGAAAGCUAAACCUGAAACAGAAAAGGACAAGGAGAAGCCAAACGGUCGGAGUUGUGUCUGAAAGUAGAGGAGACAUGAUACGAUAACGGCAGAGAGGAGAUAAAAAUAUCGAAUGUUAGAUGACAAGAUGAAAGAGUUGAGCUUGACAUGAGACCAAUUUGGAAAACUGAACAAAAGGAGAAAACAGGGAGCUUGGCAAAACCAAAAUUGAACCUGUGACGAGGAUACCUUUCUCAUUUUGAAAAAAAAAAAGGGAUUUUUAUUAAAAAUAAUAUGAAGUGUCUCAAUACUGACAGAUACCUUCAUAAACUGGGAAACUCGUCAGUAAAUCUAUGAGAAACAUUCUUAUAUAGCUUAAGGGUCUGCUGUUUGAUUAAGAAGAAAAGGUACUACCCUAAACGUAUUUAAUACUUUUAGUUUGAAAAAGGAAUGUAACGAUAUGAAAAUUCAACAUCACGAUUAUUGUGACCAAAAUUAUCAAUAUUAUCAUGGUAUUGUUGAAGUAUGUUCAAAAUGUUUAAAAAAAAGCUUAUACAUACCCUGAAAUUAUUCAACAAAGUUUUAUUUUGAAAAAAAACAAACAAAAUAAAACGCAGAAUGAACUUUUCCUUAACCUUUGAUAACAGAGGAAUGAUAAGCUUAAAAAAUUAAAGAUGGGACCUUAAAAGAGCCAGAGGUUAGCAACACUAGUGCUAGUAAUAACAAAGUACAAAGUGAUGAGCCAGUGGCAUAAACAUGAACAUUAUAACAAAUAAAUAACAUUUAAAUAAAAUGACAUUCCUUAUUGUGCAAAUUGUAAGAAUCUUCAGUGCUAAAAAAGAUCUACUCUAACAAAUAUAAAACAGAGCAACACUACUAUAUGAAACAAUAUAACCACAUGUAAACACAUGUGUAGUGCAGGUGUUUAAAAUAACAUAAAAUAUGUCAACAAAUCCAAUGAACCACACUGAUUGUCCGUUUUCUCCACCACAAGGUGCUGCUGCUGACUUUGUUCACUACUUGAGAUUGAAAUGUAAACAUGUCAGCAGAUUUACUUUCCUGGUUUGAGUCGUGAUCCGCGAGGGGAAACAAUGUGCUCACUGGCACUGAAUAGCCUCUCGGAUGGCGAGCUAGUUGCUGGGAUGCACAAAAGCUUCCUGGCAACCCUCACAACCCUUGGUAAAGCCGAAAUACGCCCAGACUUCGGACUUUGUUUUCUUUGACAGCGGGAAAAAUCUCUGCAACAUGGUCGGCAAAACUGCAAAACUGUCCUCCGCCAUGUUGACAAGUUGUAUCCUGCGCAAUGGGACUACUGCGUGCGGCUGCUCUUCUCAGCACUGAGCAGUCUUUGAGCUUUUCCAGAGUGCGGCAAUCAAACACAGUUUUAACGGUAAUUAGAAUUUGAAACGGUAGUACUAACCGUCAGACAUUUUACCACGGUUUAUCAUUUUACCGGUAAUCGUUACAUCCCUAGUUUGAAAAUGUGUCUCUGAUGCUCUUUGAAUAACACAAGGAGCUGGAUGUUUACGAUAACUCCCUGCUGACAGUUGAUAUUGCUCAGUAUUAAGAAAAAGUACAAUUAAAUUAAACUUGAUGAAAUAUAAGCUACGGCAAUCUGCUUUUAGAGAAAUGGUUUAAUACUUAAUCAACUUGACCGUUGUUGGAAUUUUCAGUUUUAUUGUUGUGAUAAUAUGAUGGGCGGUGGGUGGGGGGCGUAAUGCACAUGGCAGUACUGGUAACUUUUAUUUACUUAUUUUACUAUUGCAUCCCUUUUGGUUUUGAAUACCAAGGCAUGUUUGAGAUAGUUUACUGUGGUAUGUCAGUGCCAAAACAACAAGUGGCAGCACAUCAAAACUCCUAAGUGAGCAACCCCAUCCGGUUCCAGUGUCCAAAAUCCAAAUUCCAAUCUGUGAUUUGAUAGUAGGACCCAGGGUUACACUGGAUUCCAGAGCUAGUUUGUGAUUGAUUUAUUCCAGAUUGUUAUGUUAUUAUAAAGCUGCAAGGUAGCUAGUGUGAAAUUCUUGUUAGGAUUAAGUCCUUGAAAAACACACGGCCAACACGGACAACACGGAUAAGUAUGUACUCUUACGCUUCUUGCAUCAUGUCCAAGUGCAAUGUGAUCUUCAGCAGGUCAGUGCAGGGAAGAGGGUUUAUAAAUAGGCCCCAAGUGUGUGAGAGACAUUAGAGCAACAAUCUGAGAAUCACUGCAGCUGUCCCUGCAAAACCGACAGAACCCACACAACCAGGAUCACUUUACCUCAGCCGUCACUGGGCACAAUCUUCAGCAGCACAAAUUUGUCAUUUAAUUUGUGUAACCAUAACUGAACCGUUGAGGUAAGGGACAGAAAAAUAUAACUAUAACACAUAAGAAUUUUACAAACAAUCGAUACAUGUAUUCAGCAAACCUGACUACCGGGGUUUCAACAUAGCAAAGAGGUGUACCUCCUACUUCACAAAUUACGUCAACCCACAGUGACCCUUUUCUUGCUUUACCUUGGUCAUCUAUCUUAGGUGAGCAGAGUGUCUGCACAGCUGAGUCUCUUUGCAGAAGAUAGAGGUAGAGGGGGGCUCUCUGAACUUACAUAUUAUUAAAAUUUAUCUGAAGUAUUUGUGGACGAGUUGUUCACCUUAAAGGUGGGGUAGGCAGGAUUUGAGGAAGUGCCAGUUUUGGGGAGAAAUCUUGAAUGUAACACUACCCCUCCCAACCAGUUUUCCCCUCAGCUCCUCCUCUCCCCUCUAUCUCUGCUCCAGCAAGCCCCGCCCACAAACAGAUACUCCUGCUCGCUCAUAUCGUUCCAAUUAAAUUCAGAUAUAAUGCAGAUAAAUAUUUCAGAUACUUACAAAUGGGGCCCAGUCAACGUGAAAGUAAACAGCAUUGGUGCUACUGUCUCCCGUAUUUAUUUCAUUUUCUUGCUUGUGUUGGCAGUCGUGGCUAAAGGAGGAUUUAGACAAUCUUCCAUACUUUCUGGUUGGUUUCUACUGUCUGAUAUUGUUGCACGCUAACUUUGUUUGGGCUCCUGAACGACACUGGGGAGCAGUGUCUACCUCACAACCAAUCAGGAUGGGGGAGGCGGAGAAUGGCUUUGUUUACAGUCAGAAAGAGCGGUGCGCUCUAAAAUUUUAAAAUAUUGACUACACAGACAUAACAAAACACAGCAAUACUGUUAUAUUACCAAAUGUCAUCAAUGACUAAUAACUAUUGACUGAUAUUAAAAGCUUUUUUGUAAAUAUACAGAUGCUUCUUAAACAGAAUCCUGCCUACUCCACCUUUAAUAGAAAUGCAAGCCUGAGUUCACCUGUGCUGAGGUGAUGGACUGCAGCCACAGAUGCCACUGUUAGCUGUGUUUAAAGUGUUGUUUGUGAACAGGAGACUGUACCAUGUUGAAAACAUUGUGGGGCAUCAAAUUUACGCCGUGCUAAAAUAAACACUUUAUCAUAUUGGACAUGCUUCUUUGCUUGUAUAAGGACCCGAGACUGCUUUAUCACCCUAUAAGUUGCCAGUGCCACCCAUUGGAUUUGGAUUAUAGUAAAACAAGCAUUGGCGGAAAGUUUUAUGUUAAUGAGAUUCUACUUUGUAGUAAAGCUGUAUGAGUUCUUUUCACGCAUUGACAUUUAGAGGACAACUACUCUUUCAGACCUCGGGGUAAAACUUCUAAAAAUUCUCCAAAACUCUUGUGACAUUUGGUCCCCAGCAACAUGUUCUCCACAUUUCCUCUCUGCUCGUCCUCUGUGCAAAGUCUUGAGUACAAAGACUCUACAGAGAGCGAGCAGGAGGUGGGGCAGAUGGAUCUGAUGGGACCCUUGUUUAGCUCUGAAGACAAGGCUGGAUGUACAGGAAACAGAAUAAAAGAUGAAGUCACUUUCUUUUCCACAAAGCUCAGGUUAUGGCUUGAAGACUUGAUACCUCCCCUGAGCCUAACUCCACCAAGAAAUAAAGAAAACAUGUUCAGGCAACAUCAGAGCCAGAGCAGCAAACGAAGACAUAUGCUGAAUUGGCAGAUAUAAGCAGUCAUGUUAAGUGCCUUAAGUGAAAAUGCUUUUCAUGUAUUAUUCAUUCAUUUAGUCUUUUCUACUCAUAUAUUUAUUAUUCUUAUUUUUAGAGGUACACUGAUUAAUCAUUUGAGAUUUAAUUUAUUUUGAAUUGAUCUGCAUGGGCUAAUGUCUGCAGUCACUAGCCAGUAUGUAUCUCAUAUCUCAUGUAUCUCAUUACCACUUACUAUUGCUAUUUCACUUAUUAUUACAUUAUUUUAUUGGCAUUAUAUAUUGUCCAUCAGGCAAACAACUCUCUUAUUAUUGGCAUCUGCUGUUAAAAACUGAUAUCAGUCAACCAUAUAUAAUUAUUAUUUAUUUUUUUUAUGGGGUCAGUGUUUACAAUAGUGUCAAACUUCAUGUCAGAGAGAUUAAACACUUCUUUAGGGGAACUUUAACUAUUUGAUUCAUUCAGAGCAUUGCCUUAAAUCGACAAAAAUAUGAUUUCUUAUCUAGAUUUGAUCUGUUACACACUUUGUCAUUGUGUUGCCCUUGAUAAAAAAAAAUAUAUCAUGAAAAACACUUUAAACAGUGUAAGACAGACUAUCAGUGAGUUGGAAAAAAAGAUGUAAUGUUUUCCUUUAUUUAGUUGAUAAAUAAAAUGGCAUAUUUUACCACUAAGAAUAAGUAUGGAGUAUGUGGGGGAGAGGGAGCUGUCAUUUCAUGAGCUCUACUCACCGUUAGUAAGCUACUUAAGUUUGUAAUGCCAUUACUCAUGAGCAGCACUUACCGUUUACAGUAAUCCCACACCAGUGAUUCCCAAACUGAGGGGCGGGACCCCAGGGGAAGGGGGGUGGAGUUAUGACAAGGAGGGCGCAAUAAGGCUUGAAAGAAAUACACAGUUCUGCACAGCUAGUAAGGCAUGGCAAAUUUUGUUGAAAGGGUUGUCAAGUAAAAGUAAGUGUGACAAUGAAUCUAAACCAAAUGUCAGCACCACUUACCUAAAUGCUAAAUAUUAAUAAGUCGUAUCUCAUCCAGGCUUAGCCUCUGCCAACAGAGGGCCAUCUACACAUCCACAAAAGUGUAUAUAUUUUUUGCAGUGAUUUGAAUGAUUAAAAGAUACAGGAAUUUGUUAGCAAAUAUGUUUUCUGAUGGCGUGUUUCACUUGAUAUGACUAUUAGACAUAUUUUUUAUGUGUUGGUGUGUUUACUAGUGAGUAAAGGAAGCUCAAUAUGUUUCAUUUAUCAAAUGGGGGCCAUGCAGAAAUAGUCUGAGUACCACUUUCUUACACCAACCCAACAUACCACACAACAUGAUUAUUUUACACUUGGUCAGUGUUGCUUGAAAACUAUUGAAGCAAAGCAACACAUACGCUAGCCGAGGACUCGAGUGUGUACACUGUGAUGGUUUUGAACUGCCCUGUGCUUUCAAAGUACAGUUUAAAGUUUUGGUUUUCUGUUUUCUUUUGGUUUAUCAAAAUUCUUUAAUGUGAUUUUUCUCUGAUUUUCUUUUUCUAAAGAAGGGGGUAUUAUGCAUUUUUUCAAAUUCUAUACUUCCUAUCUGAUACAUCUUAAAUCACUUUACAUGAUUUUCAGAUAAAAAAGCCUCCUGUUUCUCACUUUAUUAAAAUACCAUUAUUUCACUCUCUGCCUGAAACACUUUGCGUCAGCUAAUGAUGUGUCGUUCGCGAACGAUUCGUUCAAAAGAACCAAAUCUUUUAAAUGAACGUACUGAACCGAAUCACUUCCUCCAGUGAUUCGUUUUUUUCUCACUUCAGUUGAGUGGAAGUGAGAAACAGCGUUGCAAGGCCAGCAGCCGGCGAACAAGGAACCACAUGCACUGACGCCUGAAUCACUUGGUUAACAAAUCACGCAUUGAACUACACUCUCUGGAAUCAUUUUUGUCGAACAAAACUACCUUUUUUUUUCACUGCUAAAUUGCCACCACAACAACUUGCAUCCAAUAGGACGCAGCAUGUAACAAGUAGUGCAUUAAACCCACAGCAUCCUAUCAUUGCAGCAGUUUGCGAGGGAACGGUGCAUGUUCAGUGUGAAUUCCUCUAAACGUUCAGUGAACGAAUCACUCACUGACCCCAACCUACCGAGCAGACCUGAUAAAUAGCGUACCAUAGUACAGUACACUUAAAACAUCAUGACUUAUAAGUUCAUUCACACAGCCAAACACUCUCGUCUCUUGGUCCCAGAAGCUAUGAAUUGAACUGAAUCCUUAACCGUUCAGCUUUGAAUCAGUUCAGGAGGUCGAAGUCACAGGCUUCUCCAGCUAAAUGAUUCGGUGAUUUGGUGAACGAAUCUUUUGAACAAAUCUUUUUAGUGAACUGAUUCUAGUGAUUCAGUACAUCUAAAAGAACUGCUGUGCCCAUCACUAGUUUCAGCUGCUGUCUCUUAAAGCCCUUUUGAGCAGUUUUUGUUGUAAAUGUGGAAAAGCAUAAUACCACCCCUUUAAACAUUUUUUAGAGCUUAUUUUUGUCUCUCAUCCUUCAGGUGUAUGGAGUGUUGGAGGACUGGAAGUCUCAACAGGUAAAGUGUCCUCAAUCGAAGCGAUGAACGGCUCAACUGUCUUGCUGCCCUGCACCUACUCGUCCUGUAUUGGCAUCAAAAACCUCUACUUCAACUGGCAGUAUAAUGACAACGGCACAAUGUACAAGGUACAGCACACUUGCUCAGGCACACACACACACACAGACACUCACAAAAGUUUGAGUUACACAAAUAAAUUGCAGAAAGAAACCGCAAUGUUUUUGCCAUUUCCUAACUGCAGGCAGCAUUGGGAACACUACCAGAUUUAUAAAGAUUUUCAUGUGAACAUCUGACUACUUUCAUGUGUACACAACAACUGUUGUGUGUGUGUGUGUGUUUGUGUGUAGUAUGUUGAAGCUGUGAUUCCCAUUGAGAAUGUGGAGCCCAAAGUCCUUGUGUACCAUGAGCGUGUGGAGUUUGUCGGCUCCGCGAAGAGCAACAACAUUUCCAUUCUGUUGUAUAACAUCACCUUUGAGGACGAGGGAGAGUACACCUGUUUCGCCAGGAACCCCAAGGAGAAGAAUCGUAACCACAGCGCUAUCUUCACUCUUAUAGUGGUGGACCAAAGUAUGUAACAGAUGCACUCCCUACUAUACACCUUGCUAUUUUCUUUUUCUUGCUUAUUGUGGUUGUGUCUUUGAACAUAAAAAAUGUAGACCUUUUAUUGUACAUUUUAUGAAAUUUUUCCUUAACUAUCUGCCUCUCUAUCUCUCUGCUUCUUCUCAGUGAAGGAGGUUGACAACACUCUGACAACCAUUAUUGUUUCAGUGCUUGGAGGAGUCAUUGGCUUGGUUAUCAUUGUAAUGGUGAUAAAGGCCCUGGUUGUUCACUUCCUGCUGAAGGAUGAUGAGAAGAAGUAAGUAUACCACUGGGUACAGACCAUAGACUGUAUAUAGAAUGGACGUCAUAUGCCUCCUCGCUGGGUGAAGCCACCGGGAGAACAGCACCCUCUGGUGACGGGCUGCAGUAUAGGUUAUAAAUCCUGCCUCCUUCAGUAAAAAAAUUGAGAUGUGUCAAAACGUUAGAAAUUAAUGACAUGUAGUUAUUGUAAGACUUGUUUGUGCUCAUGUCCUCUCUUUUCUGUACAGCUCCAUUUUUAAAAGUUUUUAGGGGGUUCAUGUUUUCUAUGAUUGACACUUGAUACAGCCUGGGGGUGUACGCAGAUCAUCCAGGGGAUACGCUGUUUGAGCUGAGCAUCAUCACAGCGACUCUACCACUGAAUGCGCACAAUGCUACUGCGCAAGUGGUGGUUCCAGGAAGUGGAGAAAAUUCCAGAGAUACCACAAGCAAUUUGGCUUCAAAUUCAUAUAAUGACAGAAGGCGGAGCAAAGUUGUCUGUAUAUUUACAGUCUUUGGGUUUACAGCCAUAAGCAAGACUUUAAAACAAGAGUAAGGAAAAUACAGAUUAUUGUCAUUCCUCCUUGCGGUAGUGUUUCAUAAAGAAAUAGUCUUCUUGGACCAUUUGCAUUUAAAGUCAUUGAGUUAUUCCAAACUUUUCAUCCGGACAUUUUUCGGUAUGUCUUUCACCGUAAUUCUAAUGACUUUGUUCUACUUUGUGCCCCACGCAGGAUUAUUAUUUGGGUUAUGAGGGUUAGGCUUUGUAAAAUCCCUAUGGUAUCAAUAUAACUAUGCCUUAUCAUACUCGUGCUCUGCCCUCUGCAAGUGUAGCUACAUCUUAACCUUUGGUUUUCUCUGUCUCCUGCAGUAAAGAGUGCCUGGUGAGCUCUUCAGGGAAUGACAACACAGAAAAUGGACUUACAGGAGCCAAAGCUGACAACAAAGGGACACCAAAGGCAUGAGCAGAAUGCAAAAGUAUGUCUGUAUGUUUGUAUAUAUGUUAGACAAAUACACGCUCAGAGAAGACGCUGUUAUUAAUGGACUGUUUUAUCUUACUAGUGGCUAAGUAAUACAACAUGUAAAUGUCUAUUUUAAACCAUGCUUGAGAGUUGGGGGAUGUGAAAUGUGCAUAGGCCUGGAUCACUCUCACCUACACGGCAGCCUAUUUGUUACACAAUGAAAACCUUCUGUUUUCAAAUUCUGCUCUCCAUAUUGAAACUUAACUCUCCUUACAACUGAAUACUUGCCUUUACUUUGAUAUCUUUAUUUAUGUAACAUCUUUGAAGUUUGUUUUACCAUGAGCUUCAACUUGAAACGACUAAAACAUAAUUUUUAAAAAGUGCUUUGUGCUAAAAAGUCCCGCAGUUCCUUUCAGCUCUUUGUUUGUAGACCAAAUUUCAACAAAAAUCAGCUGUCACUGUGGAAAACAGUGAACUGUCUCAUAAGACAUGUUACAAAUGUGUAUGGUACUUCGUUUGAAUUCACCAAGCUCUAUUUCAGUCUACAAGCUUAUGUCAAACUUGGUCCUCAAGCAAACCUGACCUAUGGGAACACACACCUUGAUGCCAUAAUUAACUGCCAAGAUGUCUGCUGAAGAACUGCACAAAAAUGGCUAUAACACUUCUGGUUACCCUACCAGAUCCACCUUUCUAUCUCCAACUGUUAGACAAGAGUUUUGUAUGUAGAUUUAACAUUACUUGAAAUUUAGUCUAAUGACCCAAUGACUUUUUGGAUCCAUUUUCUUUAUGUCUUUAUUCCUCUUUUGUUAUUUUUUUGAUCUAACCAGAAACUUAACUUACUGCCAUGUCAGCCUAAACCUCCGACUUGUAUGUUUACUGCUGGGUCUAAGUUUGACACUGUAGAAGUAUUUGACCCCUUAAUGGUGACAGCAGAAUUUGAUGAACAGCUGGUUUGCCAAGGCUGACAACUGGGCUUUCUAAGGUGACUCAGGGAUCCAGUUCUACACAGGUUUUAUUAUUUUGCUUUAGACGAAACACAGGUGCCUGUUUUGCUUCUGCUCCCUCUGCUGGUGGGAGGAUAAAACACUGAAAAUGUAUAAAACAACAAACCCUAACCCCCCCAAAGACAAUCCCCAGACUACCCAGCUCACUAUAGAAAGGAAUGAACUAAAUCAUGCUGCUUCUAACAAAUAACCAAUGCAUUUUUAGCAUGUGCGCAUUUUAUAUAACUUCAUAUAAUUAUAUGUUGUCUAGCACCACGAUACCAAAACAUUUCUGUGUGUUGCUGUAUGGUACCAUUCAACCCUUCACAUCAACCUUUUAACACCGCUACAGCUUUUCUUACCCCCCUUUUUACCAGGUCAGGGUGCCUGAAAGGUGACUCUUCUUUCAGAGAAAAUGCUUGCAGAAGGGGUGACAGAAACUCAACACUUACUCAGAAGUAAUGACAUUUAAGUCCCUCGAAAUUUUAACCCUCACAGUGAACCGAAGUAGACACUUAGCUCUAUGGGAUGUCAGCAAGGUACUUCAAUUUGGGAGAACAAAAUAUGAAAUUUAUCAGAAAAUCCUAACAGGCUCCGUCCCAAUUCAGACCUUUUAAAAAAGACAAGUUCGUGGCCCAGUAAUACAGGACGCACAUCACUGAGACAGAUCGCUGCGUAAGAAUGUAAGAAAACUCUGUCAGGGAAUAAAUAUCAAAUAUAUUCCAAAAGUAUUUUUUAAAUCAAUCUGAACUAUAUUGUAUACGUUAAUGCUACUAUCAAAUGAAUGUGUAAGUAUCCCAGUAGGCCAGUAAGACCGCUUUCUUUGCCAUUCACCGCUUGAUUUGCCAUAAACUGUGUGACCCUACAAUUAGAAAAUGUUUUCAGUUAAAAAAGUUUGCAAAGAAAAAAAAAAAAGAUUUUGGGCAUUGACGAUAGUUGUUACCAGUUUGUGUAAGUGUACUGAUGUCUCAGCAUGACAGAUUCUGUUUUUCCUCUUUGAAUACAAAUUAACAAGACUCUAGAGAAAGCUUGAAGAGUGACAUAGAAAAUCAGAUAGUAAAACAUGCUCAGAUUUCACAGCUUCUAAUUUUAGACGCUGAAAUGUUUUAUAAUUUUCUUCAGAAAUAAGAAUGUAAAAAUUAAACGUGUUUUUUAAAAUUGUUUUAGUUUAGUUUUAAGAUUGGUAACCAGAGCCUGUGCCCCCUCAGUGAAAGAGGUCUUUACAAAAAAGCUUCCUGGCAUGACCUCCACACCCUCACACAUACUGGUAGCUUCGAUAGCUGUGACAGCUGAAAGCUACACACACAUGACUGCAAGUGCACUCACAUACUAAGAGCCACUCUGAUGCAAGAGCGUAGUACACUGAUCUUGAUUUGAAAAAAUACAAUGUGGCACUUUACCACCGUUUAGAGUCGGUGCAUAACAGGAAAUCAUGGUCUUGUGACUGAAGUUCAUUGUUAUUUUUACACAUAUUUCCAGAUUUAACAAAAAAAUACAUCAUUUGUGUGUGUCAAGUCUUACUGAGUACCUAAGAAUUGUGUCAGAAUGGUUUGAGUGUUGGAAAACUACAUGAUGUCUCACUGGAAAAGUGUUAUAUGGGAAGAUUUAAUCUUAUUUUUCUAAGUGCUUCACUUUUGUCAGCCUGCUGCUCUCUCAUACUGGAGUGCAUUUCCCUUCUUGCUUUCAGUGGAAGCAAUAAGACAGACAUCAGAUUAUGCAAUAACCUGUUGUAAGGCACUUUAUAGAUGUGUCUGGACUGGCUGUGACGGCAACUCUGUUUGUCCAAGACACUGUUCAUUGUACUGAUAUAUGUAUCAACACUGUACUAAUGUAUCAACAUUCGAUUCAUAUAUCUGCAUUUAUCUGCUUUGGAAAACUGUAUUCGCUGAUAACACUGUAACUCUGCAGUGUGGGUGAUACAGUCUCCUUGCUGAGUUGAACACAUGUGAAUGUUACGGAUAUAAGGAAGCGCUACACACACACACACACACACACAGACACAGACACACACACACACACACACACACACACACACACACACAUACACACACACACACACACACACACACACACACACAUGAUUGCCUCUUUGUCUAACCAGUUAUGUAUAGAUCCCUCUGUAAAGAGGAUACAUAUGUACAUCCAAAGUCUUCCGGUAGGGAAAAGCAAUAUUGUGGAGUUGAUCCGUCUGUUAAUGUACUUUUCUUAAUGUAACUCUGAUAUAGAAUAACAAAUACUGAUGGUGGUUCAUGCAGGGAUUGUGAUGCAUUACUUGAACAUUUGUGGCCACAGUUUUCAUAGUUUUAUUCCCACCCUUUCUGUGAUCCCUUGCUAGAUUUUUUUUCACAUGUUUUAGAGCCCAUCAACCUGCCCUCGCUUUUUUGAGAGAUUCUUUAUCAUCUCUAACUUGAUCUUGAUAAAAGUAUAGUAAAAAUAAAACCAUAAUAGAUAAUUAAUAAUAGAUAAUUAUUUAGGUUUAUUAAAGCCCAGGUAUGUGUGAGACAGAUUGAAUCAGUGCUAUGUGAUGUUACAAACAUGAAAUCAAGAUGUGUUCACCCCAUAGAACUGAACCGGAUAUAGGCAUCUGCUUUCUCACCUGUUACAUAAUCAUUUUGUCCCCCCCCACAUGGUCCCCUUUUGACAUUCUGAAGGCUCAAAAGACCUCUUUCUGAACCUGAUAUGAGUCUUGAAGUCAGCCACUUGCUUGCAGUGACUGCUGCAGUGCUGAGUAAGGCUGGUACAGUGGGCCCCAGCCUUGGUGCAGUACAGCACAGUAAAUACAGUAUGACUGCCACCCAGUGGUAAAUGCUAACACAUCAAAUAAUCUGCCCCCUAGUGGACGCUGAUGAGACAUACAAUUUAGACAUGCACUUAAAUUCGUUUUAGAUGACAGCACUGUAUCAUGAAAAACAGUGUCUACUAGUUAUAAAGCAAAAAAAAUGAGGCUGACAUUGUUGCUACACUAAUUGCUUUACUUAAUGCUAAUAGUUAGAUUGUUAUACAUACAAGUUUUUGUAACUCCUGUGCACAUUGGGCAUUUUGACUACAUUCAAAAGGGUGAUGUGUAUGUGUAAGUUUACAAUAAAAAGUCUUAAGAAAAGGAUACAUGCAACAAUUUGUACACACACAAAUCCUCAAUGAAUUUUUCUCUUAUAGUAAGCAUUGAAUAGUUACAGACAGUCUCAGUGUUACUGUCACAUUGUUCACUAAAAAAAAACAAAGUGCUACAAGAGCACUGACUGACCACUUUAAUGAUGUAGAGUUAGUUUUGCUCUUACUGCCAGAGCAGCUGAAACUCAUACUGCCAAUCCAAGAGUCUCACGUCUGCUGUUGUUACAAACACUCUUACAAUAACACACAUCUCACUUCGUACACUGACACUUACUGAAACAUUAAGUUUUGCCGUCAACUACCUUCGAUGGCUAAUACAGUACUAAUUGUGGCAGAUAUUGCUCUGUACUACUUCUGUAUUUCUAGCAGCUGCAACUCACACUGCCAAGCCAAGAGUCUGAUGACUGCUUCCCACAUUCCACACGGAUCAAAAGAUCAAACUACUGAUCUAACGUCAGUGUAGUCCAGCAGAAAAGUUAACUCAACUACAAACCUGAUCCAGGGGGAUGAUAAAAAAAAUGAGAUAAAAUAGGAGCAAUGUGUUCUGAUUUUGGUUGUUGUCACAGCCAAAGUGUGCGCGUAUUGUGACCUAUUGUGUGUCAGUGUUUUAUCAUGCUCCUAGCAAACUGCCUCUAUUGACUCUUUCAAAGAGAAAACCUUAAUGGCCAAGGCUAGCAGGUUAGAGAUUUGAAUUUCAGUACAAGCACAGACUGACACUGACCUCUUCACAUUUUCUCUCUGCACUGCAGUUCUGCAUUUUAAACUACUCCAAUUGUCGGUUUGUUUAUUCGUUUAUUUCUAGGUAACACGGCUGUAAAUGUAAUCCUGUCUUUAUCGGAAUAACAAACUCAUACCAUUCUAUCCUAAGCUAUCUAAGGCCACAGACUUUACAGCAACUACUGCAUUUUAUAGUGAGUAAGCUCAAAUAAUAUUGUACCAGACUCCUACACUGUGCUUUAAUCGGCACGGUCCAUUCAACACACACACAUACACACCAACCAAACACACACACAAACACACCAAAUGAGACACCACAAGAUUCUUCAGUCAUCUGUUCUCUGAAUGUCCAGCUGUUUGUCUGUGUUUGUGACCAUGUUGCUCAUGCUCCCUUCAUGACUAUGCACCUCAAACUUUUGACUUGUUAAAAAAUACAUACCAGAAAUAAAAUGUGGAUUGAAAUACCAACUGAACUGUCUGAGUUUAUUCUGUUUUACUGCAACCUCAGAGAAUGUUUCGUCCAGCCAAUAGCUGAAAUAAAGAGUUUGAGUGCUCAAGAAUACUGUAUUUCCAUGAAGCUCUGUUUGUGGAUAUAUUCAGUGGAACACUGGUUGAACUGAGCUGCAGAGAGGAGUCAUGAACAUUUUAACAUCAUGAUUUCUCAUUGAAUAAAUCACCAGAAUUUUUUGAAAGGUAAUGCCACUCAUUUCUUGAGCUUUUCACUGGACUAAUGGAAUAAAUGAGAUAAAUCAUACUCUUUAAAUUUACAUGUCGCAAAAUAACUACAUCCAUUCUUUUUCUGUAUUUGUUAAUAAAUCUAUUAACGACACUUUAUUGAUAUAACUUGUAAAAUAAAAAACAACUAGAGAUGUUAAGGGUGACUAUAGUUUUUAAAGAAACAGCUAUAUACUGCCAUCUUAUGGAGGUUUUGAAACACAGCACCAAUGUAGGUUCCUGCAUGUCCGUCUGCUCAGUGAGAAUUGCAGUGCAAAAUAUGAAAUAAAAUAUGAUUUUUUUUUCCAUUUGCAAAUGGUUUUCAUCAUUUUUAAGAGAUUUUGUUAUGCUGAUUUACUUUGCACUGUCUUUAAAAAGAAAGAAAAUUUGAAGAUUUUAAAACGUAAAUCCUACAGACCAAUAAUGCCAUUUGUAACAAUAGGUACAAGUCAGAUGUUCAUGAGCCUUACUGACAAAGAUGACGAAAAAAAAAAAAACUGUUCCCACUCAGUUUCACAUGACCCUUUCUGUUAGUUAAGUUUAACUUCCUUAACCUUUCCCCGUUCAUUUUCAGUGGUAAUCCUUAACACUACGGAUGCAAUAUAUUUUGACUGGUGGUCUCCAUCAGGUCCUGGACCAUAGCAGGUGGACACGGCCCAUGAGAGCUGCCACUGAUGAGCUCUUGAUAAAGCACCAUGGUGCCAAAGACCUCCCGAAGCAGGUGGAUGCAAUCUAUGUUCACAUGGUGCAGAGGGCAUGCACUGACCCAACAGCUUUCUGUAUCCGACUACACGCCAGCAGAUCACCAGAUAUGUGAAGCAUCUGGCCAAACUGAAAACAACAACACUGCACUAGCAUCAACAACAGCAGAAGUAGAUGACCAAGAACUGUUUAUCCUGUGGUCAGCCAAAGUCAAGAUACCUUGGGGAUGGCACUUCAGCUCAUUUCUUUUAUCAGGGGAGGUGUGUUAAGUAUUUUGAUUGCUCCACAAGAUCUAUAUGACCUACAAAGAUGCCUUUUGAGCGGGGGGCUAGAAACUGCCAAACAGUGGGGCGCAGAGUGGAAAAGGGUGGCAGAGGAGAGGGCAAAGAGGAAGGCGGUGGUGCUGCAUCCAGCAGGUCACCUGUUCAGGCUCUGUCACCAAGUAUUAAAGCAGGGACCUGACAGCCAUCACAUUCACUUCCCUGGGGUACCAGAGAAGUACAUCUACAGCCUCCUCAGAUUGUUUUUUUCCUGCAAAAGCCAUGAGGUAUUGCCAGUGAGAUGACCUGGAGUUUCAGCAGUCUGCUGUUUUUGACGCUUAAAGGGGCAGAUGGGUCACAGAAACCAGAAAGGACUGCCUCAGGCCUAAAAUUGUUUACAUGUUCAUCAAUUUAAUAUGCAUAUAUAGUUCUCCUAAUAUUCAUUUGUGUUAUAUGUCAUCUUUUGGGGGACUUCAUGUGUGAUUUUGCGUUUUAUAAUCCAGAAUUCUGCUGCACUUUAUAAGUCUUAUUGUUGUUUUCAGACAAAUUAAAACCUGUUUAGUUGUUCUUUAGCACUAUGCUGUAUAAAUGUUAAAUCUUAUAUAACACUGUACGAUGUCUCAAAAUAAACAGUUUACCAGUCUAUUUGUGUUGUCUUUGGUUGUCCGGGGCCUUCAUCCUGAGGUGAUAUUUGAUUGUUCAUGGUGGAAAUGUCUAUAAUGAUACAGCUGGCCAACUCGUGUAGUCAUCAGCCUAUGAAGAGGUCCUCCAGAGUUGCUAUUGUGGUCCGUGACUCAUUUCAAGUCUUGUUGGUCUAUCUGAGUGCAGUUUCCAUACCACACUCUGCAGCAGUAGCAGUGCAGGGAGGGGGCACUGCUAUUGGCCUCACAUGAAGUGUGAGGAAUGAACAAAAAUUGAAGUGUGUUUCAGCUCUAUCUGACAAUCCUGGUGAGUUCACUUAGACCUGUACAAAAAUGUAUAAUCUCAAAGUGUUAGCAACCUUUUUUUCACUUUUUUUUUGCUUAAAUUCUUCCUUAAAACUUGUUACAAAAUUUGUUGCUGGAAAAGGAAGUACACUGACUGUAGGGGCCAAGCGACGCCUCCUCCAAAACACCUCUACUUAUAUACAACACCAUAUAAUAUAUGGUACUUUUACUAAAAGCCACAAUUGUAGCAUUUAUACAGAAAAGAAGUGAGGACAACACCGUCUGUGCUGAUUCACCUUCACCAUAACCAGGACUGAUGCUGACCUACAUACAGGAAGUGAAGAGACUGUUGUGGGGUCAGAGAGGUAUAGGCCUGCUCUCAGUUAAGUAAUAUAUUUGUGAUUUGAUAUUAUACAGUAAUGUGUAUCAGGGAUUUGGAACUGAACGAAACUAAACAUACAGGUGCAGCUCAAAUAAUGUGAAUUAGAAUGCCUUGAAACUUUCAUUUCUCCCCAAAUUCGAGUUAAGGGAUAUUCUGGCGUAAUAUUAAUUUGGGGUCAAACACACCGUAACACUGAGUAAGACCCCCCCUCAAGAGAUGAAUGUUGCCGAACGCUUGCUUCUCUAGUUAUACCGACUUUAGUAACGACAGCACGAUAGC